AUGAGGAGGGCGGAGGCAGUGAUGGUGACAGCGACAGCGGCACCUGAGGCGGGCCGCGAGGGGGAGCAGCCUCGGCAGCCAGCUGGGCUAGUGUGCGGGGUGCGCGGGGAGCCUGGCAGCGACAGCAAACAGUGGAAGAAAUUCUUAUAUUGUGAGCCACAUAAGAGAAUUAAGGAAGUGCUGGAAGAAGAACUUUAUAUUAAGAGAGAUGAAUGUCACAUUAAAAAUUCACCUGCAGUGGCCCUGGAAGGGAUUUGGAGCAUUAAAAGGAAUCUCCCUGUGGGCGGAUUGAAGCCAGGAUUGCCGAGCAGAAACAGUUUACUGCCCCAAGCCAAUUACUAUUCCAGGCACGGAGGACUGAGAAGAUAAGAGGAACAAAUUUUUCCAUUAAGAAGAAACCACUUUCUUCUAAAGUCUGAAGGACAAAGAAGAAGCCUACACUCUUUCCACCAUUUAAGAUGUGUACAAAAAAUGUAUAUUAGGCUGUAAUUCCUAUGGUUGGUAUGAAAUCUUAUCUAUAAAUUAAUCCAAAGUAAUAAAAGACUGUUGGUAAAAUUUGCUAAGCAUCUGAAAACAAUGAAGGAAAA